GGGAUGUGGAGGUUUCAGGCAACUUCUUCUGACUUUCCUGACCAAAAACAAGUAACACAUUGAGUUUUAAAAACUUUAAUUUAAAGUUAUACGUUCAAAUGUGUGAUUAAGGGUGCUUGUUUACUGAAACAUGCCUGCUAGUUAAUACUGUUUGGCUGGCCUCGCUAACGUUAGCUAUGGGAAAACAGUCCUCCUGGUUUGACAGCUAGUUUAGACCAGGUUUACACUCACUGUUAGUGCGAUGGAGAGUUCAUUGGUGAAAGACAACCCACUGCUUUUACCUCUCAACAAGGAGAAAACUAUUUAUGACGGAUUCAUUACAGUCCAGGAACGAGACUUCAGAUUGAGAAUACUACUGCCACCAGAUCGUCAAGUUAAACAGGCCAGGCUGCACUGCUGCUGGCAGUUAAAACACCUGUUGCAUGGGUAUGAGCACAUAGUGAAGCAGAGGCAGCAGCAGUCGCCUGAUCUUGUCACUUUCAUUCUGGAGCUGAAGACCGUCUUGGAAGUGGGUCUGAAGAGCCGCCAUGAGUGCCGCUCCAUCCCGCCUCCUCAGUAUUACGCUCAGCUCAUCUCUGAGAUGGAGACCCUUGGGUGGGGCAAGCUGCUCUUCAUAGACACGGAGUUCCGAACGUUGAGACUGAAGGCGGAGGACUCCUCCAGAAGGCAGCACAUUCUCAAUAUCAAACUCAAGUCUAAGGUCAAACUGGAGAGGGUGUGGAGAGACAUGAUAACCCACUGUGACUGA